GGAGACAGCCAUAUAUACAGUCUAUGGUGGAGAGCGAAGAGUAAACCAUUCACUUCGCUGCUGGAAACAAUAUUCCACUCUAGUGAAACACCUUUAUGUACUUCAGUGCAUACUAGAGGUAAGAAUUACACGAAUAGUGUUGUCGUUCUUUCACUUCUUUUGAGCUCUGGUUCUUCUAUUUAUCCAUUGAGAUUAGCAAGUGGCUAACGCUAGCAAGGUUUGCUAGCUAGAAGCAGCAAUACACAAUCAAAUGCUGUAGGAGAGUAAUAAUCGCCAGUCAUCAUGUCAGGUGGUCCAGCAGUGAGGGUCAGCAUCGAGUCUACCUGUGAGAAGCAGGUGCAGGAAGUGGCCCUCGAUGGAACAGAAACAUACGUCCCUCCUCUCUCCAUGUCCCAGAACCUGGCGAAGUUGGCACAAAGAAUAGACUUCAGCCAGGGAUCUGACUCGGAGGAGGAUGAGGUCGAAGGUGAACCCAGGGACAGCGAGUGGAACAAGCAGGAGACCGAGGAAGAGGAAGGCACAGUGAAGUUCCAGCCGUCUCUCUGGCCCUGGGACUCGGUGCGUAACAACCUGCGCAGCGCCCUGACGGAGAUGUGUGUGCUGCACGACGUGCUCAGCGUGGUGAAAGAGAAGAAGUACAUGGCUUUAGACCCAGUGUCUCAGGACCCAGCAGCUAACAAGACCCCCCAGGUGUUCCAGCUGAUCAGUAAAAAGAAGUUAUUGGGCACAGCAGCGCAGCUCCUCCUGAAGGGAGCAGAGAAGCUCAGCAAGUCAGUAGCAGAGAACCAGGAGAACAGGAGGCAGAGGGACUUCAACUCUGAGCUGCUGCGCCUCCGCUCCCAGUGGAAACUACGCAAAGUGGGAGACAAGAUCCUGGGAGACCUCAGCUACCGCAGCGCAGGUUCCCUUUUUCCUCACCAUGGCACGUUUGAGGUGAUCAAGAACACAGAUAUUGAUCUGGACAAAAAGACCCCGGAGGACUACUGCCCCCUAGAUGUGCAGAUCCCCAGUGAUUUAGAGGGAUCUGCUUAUAUCAAGGUGUCCAUCCAGAAACAGUCUCCAGAUAUCGGUGACCUGGGGACGGUCAGCCUGUUCAGGAGACUUCCAAAGACCAAAGCAGGCACCCAGCAGUGGCACGUGAAGCUCGAGGCGGCUCAGAAUGUUCUGCUGUGUAAGGAGAUCUUCGCCCAGCUGUCCAGAGAAGCCGUCCAGAUUAAAUCCCAGAUCCCUCACAUCGUUGUGAAGAACCAGAUCAUCUCACAGCCCUUCCCAGGACUGCAGCUGUCCAUCUCACUCUGCCACUCCACGGGAGAGAAGAAGAACCAUCGAGCGUCUCCAGAGAAACCCAAACCAGACGACCACCUUUACGUACUGGAACACAAUCUGCAUCAGAUGAUGAGAGAGUUCCACAAGCAGCAGCUGAGCUCUGUGGUGAUGCCUCAUCCUGCUAGCGCCCCCUUUGGCCACAAACGCAUGCGCCUCGCGGGGCCCAUGGCCUACGACAAAGCUGAGAUCUCCAACCUGCAGCAGAACGAGGGCCUUCUGGAGAAGAUCAUCAAACAGGCCAAACACAUCUUCCUACGUAGCAGGACGGCACGGACUAUUGACAGCCUGGCCAGCCGCAUAGAAGACCCUCAGAUCCAGGCUCACUGGUCCAACAUCAACGAUGUGUACGAGUCCAGUGUCAAGGUGCUCAUCACCUCUCAGGGCUACGAGCAGAUCUGCAAGUCCAUCCAGCUGCAGCUGAACAUUGGUGUGGAGCAGAUCAGGGUGGUGCACAGAGACGGACGGGUGGUGACUCUGUCGCACCAGGAGCAGGAGCUGCAGGACUUCCUGCUCUCACAGAUGUCUCAGCAUCAGGUGCAUGCAGUGCAGCAGCUGGCCAAAGUGAUGGGCUGGCAGGUCCUCAGCUUCAGUAACCACGUGGGCCUGGGCCCGGUGGAGAGCAUCGGGAACGCCUCGGCUGUCACCGUCGCCUCUCCCAACGGAGAGUACGCCAUCUCAGUGCGUAAUGGCCCAGAGAGCGGGUGCAAAGUUUUGGUCCAGUUCCCCCGCAGCCAGACUAAAGAGCUGCCCAAGAGCGACGUCAUCCAGGACCCCAAGUGGAGCCACCUCCGAGGGCCCAGCAAGGAGGUCCACUGGAGCAAGAUGGAGGGCCGCAACUUUGUGUACAAGAUGGAGCUCCUCAUGGCGGCACUGACCCCCUGCCCCUAGAUACUGUCACACUCUUCAUAGACUUGUACACUCCCUUACACUUUUUGUUUACCCAAUCCUUGGACUUUCAAUACUGCCAUCGUUUCCUUUUCACCUAGUGUCUGCUGCCCUCUCGGUUUUAGUUAACGUGAGGUGUGUGCCUCACACUAUUUCAUACAAAAUAAAAGGUUAAGUCUG